CCGUAAUGCUCGUUGGUUCUCUUGAUCUUUAACUAUUUCAGCGCUUGACAGGGGGACCUUUAUAUUCCUUGGUAGGAAUACCUGCAACUGCGGUUUGAGUGCCGGCUCCUCUUUCGCUCAAUACAAACAGCGCUCUUCCCCCCCCCACCUUUCACCACGAAAAAAACCCUCGGUUUCUCAUUUCUAAGCGGGGUUAAUCAGCCCAUAGCGGCACCCGCCACCAUGAGCGCGAUCCUUUCGGCUGACGACUUGAAUGAUUUCAUUUCCCCCGGAGUCGCGUGCAUCAAGCCUGUCGAGUCACUGCCCCAGAAAAGCACAAAGGACACAGAGAAUCCUUACGAAGUAACGACAGAAGACAAAGUACAGCCCGAAAACCUACCUCCGGCCCAGAUAUCUUUGACAGACUGCCUUGCCUGUUCCGGUUGCGUAACCUCGGCGGAAGCGGUUUUGAUCUCUUUGCAGUCUCAUGCUGAGGUCCUAAACACCCUUGAUACCUAUCCAACAAUCCCGUUGGCGCAAGAGCAUGGGACCACGAUCGCAGAUACUGGGAUAUUGGGAGAUGGCAAAAUAUUCGUUGCUAGUGUGAGCCCGCAGGUUAGAGCCGGCUUGGCCGCCACCUACGGUUUGUCGGAGAAAGAAGCGGGAUACAUGAUUGAUCAGUUCCUACGUGGUCCACAGGGACUACGCAGCGGUGGAAAGCAUGGCAGUGGCUUUACAUGGGUUGUGGACACAAACUUUAUGCGGGAGGCCGUCUUAGUCCUCACUGCCGAUGAAGUUUCAGAGUCAAUCGCGGGCAAGGCCCCCGCUGCCGAUCAGUCCGAGCCUACCCUUCCUAACCGACCCAUCCUAUCAUCUGCUUGCCCAGGAUGGAUCUGCUAUGCGGAAAAGACCCAUCCAUUUGUCUUGCCUCAUUUGUCCCGACUAAAGUCUCCACAGGCUCUUUCGGGCACCUUCCUUAAGACUGUUCUCAGCAAAUCACUUGGGGUCCCACCGUCUCGCAUCUGGCAUUUAGCGGUCAUGCCAUGUUUUGACAAGAAGUUGGAGGCCAGUCGUGAAGAAUUGACGGAUGUGUCUUGGCAGCCCACUGGUGCCCUGAACGAGUCUGAACCACCUAUUCGAGACGUGGAUUGCGUGAUAACGACCCGCGAGCUUCUCUCUCUGGCUGCAUCUCGGGGUCUUUCCUUGCCCAGUCUACCUCUCCGUCCACUCUCUCCCAUUUACACCCCCCCACUACCGGUGAAAGCUUUGGAUUCCUUUGUUUCAUUCAAACGCUCCGCUGUUGAGCAGUCCCUCGAAACAGGCACUUCUGGAGGCUACCUCUACCAUGUUCUCAAGACAUUCCAAGCUCGGAAUCCUGGUAGCGACAUUGUGACGAACCGCGGCCGUAAUGCGGAUGUCGUUGAGUAUGUGCUCACCUCGCAAGAUGGACAGCCUAUUCUGAAAGCGGCUCGUUAUUAUGGCUUCCGGAACAUUCAGAAUUUGGUCCGGAAACUGAAGCCCGCCCGAUCAUCUCGAAUGCCUGGAGCAAAGCCUGUGGCAGCGGGACGGCGUCAACCAAUUUCCCGAAAUGCUACGUCCGGUGGGUCAGGCUCGGAUUACGCAUAUGUCGAGGUGAUGGCUUGUCCAGGUGGCUGUACCAACGGUGGCGGACAGAUUCGAGUUGAGGAUGCUAGAGAGGCUGCUGGAAUCUCAAUUACCGGAACAUUGGAGGAUGGUGCGGCGUCAAAGCCAUCUCCAAAUGAGCAGCGAGCGUGGCUUGCGCGGGUUGAUGAGGCAUACUUCUCUAUGGAAUCCGAUACGGAGUCUGCGCCAGACCAAAAGUCCACUCAGCUCUCAAUGGGAGAGAGAGAGGCUUUGAUUCAUGAGGACUUGCACCGCUGGUCUGAUUAUAUGGGUAUACCCCUUUCGAAGCUGGUAUAUACGACCUAUCGCAAAGUGGAGAGCGACGUCGGUAAAGAUCAGACCUCCGCCAACGACACCACUAAAGUGGUCGAGCUUGCUGGUAAGAUUGGUGGUGGAUGGUAACCACGGAUCCUUUUUUCAUUACUUCUUUUCCAUUGGGUGCAUGGCGUCGGUAUUUUGAUUGAUCAUGACUGCAUAUGAGAUACACCAAACUUUCAUUCAUGGUUCGGGGAGUUAUGGCAAAUUUUUGUCGACUCUGGCAUUUUAAAUUACAUAGAAUAUCAGAAAAUUUACAAUUCAUCCUAUGAACA